CUGCCCAUCCAACCCUCCCUCCCCUUCCUGUCCACCCUGCCCACCUUGCCCUCCUUGCCCACCCUGCCCGUCCUGCCCAUUUUGCCCAUCCAGCCCUCCCUGCCCAUCCUGCCCUCCCCGUCCACCCCGCCCAGCCCUUCCAGCCCGGGUCCGGGCGCGGGCAGGCCGUCGGGAGGCGAUGGCGGGCCAGCCGUGAAGGGAGGAGGGGACGAAGGCCUUCGCUCCGGUGGGCGCCCGUCCUCCAGCGGCCCGCCCUCGGCCCCGGGGUCCCCGCCAUGAAGCUGAAGCUGAAGAACGUCUUCCUCGCCUACUUUCUGGUGUCCCUGACGGGCCUCCUCUACGCCCUCAUGCAGCUCGGUCAGCCGUGUGACUGUUCUCCUCACCUGCGGGCAGCGGCCGAACAGCUGCGCGGGAAGGACCUGAAGAUCUCCCAGCUUCAGGCGGAACUGAGGCGGCCCCCGGCCCCGGGCCGGCCCCUCGAAUCCGAGGCCCUGCCCAUUAUCUACGUGGUGACGCCCACCUACGCUAGACUGGUGCAGAAGGCGGAGCUGGUGCGGCUGGCCCAGACCCUGGCCCUCGUCCCCCGGCUGCACUGGGUCCUGGUGGAGGACGCCGACGGCCCCACGGCGCUGGUCUCGGGGCUGCUGGCCGCCUCCGGCCUGCGCUUCACCCACCUGGCCGUCCCCACCCCCCGGGGCCAGCGGCUGCGGGAGGGGGAGCCCGGCUGGGCCCGGCCCCGGGGGGUGGAGCAGCGGAACAGGGCGCUGGCCUGGCUGCGGGGCGGCGGCGGCGGGGAGCCCGCCGGGGGAGACCGGCUCCCCCCGCCCCCGGGCGCCAGGGGCGUCGUGUAUUUCGCCGACGACGACAACACCUACAGCCGGGAGCUGUUCGAGGAGAUGCGUUGGACCCGGGGGGUCUCGGUGUGGCCCGUGGGGCUGGUGGGAGGCCUCCGGUUCGAGGGGCCCAAGGUGCAGGGGGGCCAGGUGGUGGGUUUCCACACGGCCUGGGAGCCCUCCCGGCCCUUCCCCCUGGACAUGGCCGGCUUCGCCGUGGCUCUGCCCCUGCUGCUGGCUCACCCCGCGGCCCGGUUCGACUCCGCCGCCCCCCGGGGCCACCUGGAGAGCAGCCUCCUUAGCCAGCUGGUCGAUCCCAAGGACCUGGAGCCCCAGGCAGCCAACUGCACGCGGGUCCUGGUGUGGCACACACGCACAGAGAAGCCCAAAAUGAAGCAAGAGGAGCAGCUGGCGCGGCAGGGCCGGGGCUCGGACCCCGCCGUGGAGGUGUGACCCGGCCGGUCCCGCCCGCCGCCGAAGACGGCCCGGCUCCCGGGCCCCCGGGGAUCGCCCGGAGCUGCGGGUCGGCCCUGGGGACCCCCCCGGGAACACGAGGACCAAGCGGAGGCCAACCCCCCCCCCCCCCCCCCCUUCACCCCACGGACCUCGCGUGGGAAAUCCGGGGCUCGGCCCGCCCCGAGCCCCGGGCCGAGACGCCGUCCAGGCGGGAGGGCUGGGAGACCUUCCCCUCUCGCCCGGAGGCAGAGGCGAGGUUGUCCCCACGGGGGGGGGGGGGAAGGCGGCCUCGCACCCCCUCCCGGAAGGGAGUUUCCGAUAAAUCGGGGUUCGGCUGGGCCCCCGGUCCCUCGCCCGAAAUUGGGCGCGGAGGUGGGAAUGGAAGAAGGUCAGUCAGGUUGAGCUGGGGGUGGCUUUCUGCCAAUCCGGUCCUGGGAGGGUUGGGGGAGGGAGGCGCCCAGGUUUUCGUGCCCCCUUUCCCCCCCCCGGCAAAGCAGGGGGCUGCUUUCCUGGGCUAGGACAGGAGGAGCCCUGCCGGGAAGUUGGAGGGCGCCGACUACAGGCUGCCGCUACCGAACUUAAUGGGGCUAGAGGGAGGCCUGUGGCUCCUUCCCCCCGCCAAGUGAGCAUGUUUACCUCGGCCGGCCUCCCCAAUAAAAACUAGACUUCUCAACUAGA